AUGAAAUUUGAAUUAGAAAUGGCUUCUGGAAAUAACACUACUAUUCAAAGUCCUCAAGAAAACCAUAAUAAUUUAUAUAAUAAUACCAAUAUUUCAAAUCAAUCCCAAAUAGAACACAUAGAAAACAGUCAUCUUAAAGAACAUUAUUAUAAUUAUGAUCAACGAAAAAGUACCCAGGAAAGUUUCUCUUCAAUUGACAAGCUUAUUAAUUGUAAGCUUCAUAUCUCAACCAGAACAAAUCCGUAUGAAGAGAUCAACUCUAUUUUAAAUCAUGCAAAUCAACUGCGUAAUACAAAUCCAAUUGAUUGUAUGGAUGAUUAUGAAACACCAGUAAACAACAACUAUAAUUCUAUCAAUUCUCUUCUUAGAGAAGCAUUUUUAAGAAGACAUCAUAAUUAA